AUCAAAAGUUAUAUAUGCUAUAUGAAAUUAUUUUAGGACUUAAUAAUAUGCAUAAGCAAAAUCUCAUUCAUUGUGAUUUUCAUGAUGGCAAUAUUUUAAAUGGAAUUGAUGGAACCGUUUAUAUUAGUGAUUUAGGAUUAUGUCGACCUGUAAAAUCAUUUUUGAAAAAAUAUGAUAUUUAUGGUGUUAUACCAUUUAUUGCACCUGAAGUUUUAAGAGGCAAAUCUUAUACUCCAGCUAGUGAUAUAUAUAGUUUUUCUAUGAUUAUGUGGGAAUUUACAUCUGGAAUGCCACCAUUUAAUGAUAGAAAGCAUGAUCUUCAACUUAGUUUAAGUAUUUGUGAAGGUGAACGCCCUAAAAUUAUUGAAAAUACUCCACAAUGUUAUGUAGAUUUGAUGAAAAAAUGUUGGAAUGAAGAUCCUUUAAAAAGGCCAUCUGCUGGAGAAGUUUUAAAUAUUAUUUUGAAAUGGAUUUUUCUUCCAGAUAGAGCAAAAGUUAAAGAUAUUGAUAAAGAAUUAAAAUGCAAUGUUAUGGAAUUUAUAAAUGCACCAAUUAUGUAUAACAAUCUUGCUACUGAAUCUCAUUCACAAGCAUGCUAUACAAGUCGUUUACUUAAUUUUACUAGUAAAAAAUUAAAUGAAAUUCUUGAAAGUGAAGAUUCACAAGCUUAUCAUGCAAGUUCUUCUACUGGUAUAACUGAAGAUUUGGAUGAUUGCAUAAUUGUAGACAAAUAAUUAGAUAUUAAAACAGAUGAAAAUUAUAAUUAUUUGCGUUUUAAGAAAAUGAUUUGUAGUUUUUUUU